GUCACGUGGGGGACGUCCUUGUUUUGGUGACGUAAUCACGCGUGGCGGUGCUACUGCUAGCUUACCCUGCGCUACUUCACAGUCGCCUGUCGUCAACGGAGUCUAUCGAUCACGCUAAUGUGGUAAUGCGAGCGACAGAUUAACCUGUAGCCAAAAUAAACGUAUUUUUUUUGUUGCUGUAAAAUGCUUGGCAAAUCGCAAUGAGCGAUUUUGGAAAUAUUUAGGCUCAAAGAUAAGGUUUAUUUGUGGCAGGCCAGUCGCGUCAACACGAAGGCCUUUGUGGCUUGCUUAGCUAGCAGCCCGUCCCAAUGCCGCAGUUUUAACGGCUGUGUGGUUUUUAUGGUUAUCUUCAAGACGAGAAAUCCGCUGCACCGACAUAACGGCGUCUGAUUGACGUUGUCCUCUUCUAGAUAAUGGCGGAAGAUGAUGCUGUGGUCUUGCAACAGAAUCUGGACAGGAACUGCUGGGUAUGCUUUGCAACAGACGAUGACGACCAUACAGCAGAGUGGGUGUGUCCAUGCCGCUGCCGUGGUUCCACAAAGUGGGUCCACCAGGCCUGCCUACAGCGCUGGGUGGAUGAGAAGCAGCGUGGCAAUAGCACUGCACGCGUAGCCUGUCCACAGUGCAAUGCAGAAUAUCUCAUAGUCUUUCCAAAACUUGGUCCCGUGGUCUACGUACUGGACCUGGCCGACCGACUAGUCUCCAAGGCCGGACCCUUCGCCGCGGCCGGCAUUAUGGUGGGCUCCAUCUACUGGACCGCCGUCACAUACGGCGCCGUCACCGUCAUGCAGGUGGUGGGCCACAAGGAGGGUCUGGAUGUUAUGGAGCGGGCAGACCCUCUCUUUCUGCUCAUCGGCCUCCCCACCAUCCCCGUCAUGUUGAUCCUGGGGAAGAUGAUACGCUGGGAGGAUUACGUCCUGCGCCUGUGGAGGAAGUACUCCAACAAACUGCAGAUCCUCAACAGCAUAUUUCCAGGGCUUGGCUGCCCGGUCCCUCGCAUCCCAGCAGAAGCCAGCCCAUUGGCCGAUCAUGUCUCGGCCACUCGGAUCCUGUGCGGCGCGCUGGUCUUCCCCACCAUCGCCACCAUCGUGGGGAAGCUCAUGUUCAGCAGCGUCAACUCCAAUCUGCAGAGGACCAUCCUGGGAGGAAUCGCCUUCGUGGCCAUCAAAGGAGCGUUCAAAGUGUACUUCAAGCAGCAGCAGUACAUGCGACAAGCACAUCGGAAGAUCCUCAACUUCCCCGAGCAGGAGGACGCCUGAGGAGCGAGCAGACGGACGCCAAAGGGCCACGAAGACCAAGUGUUGGCGAUGAAGACUAUCAGCGUCUAAAUGACCCUCACUCAUCCUGCCAACACUUUUUCUUUUUAAACUCCAGUCUGGUCAAGGUGGAGGCACAGAAUGUUCUCCACAAUUAACACUUUAUCAAAUGUUAGCUUUUAUAAUAAUAAAAAAUAAUAUAAAUUGUUCUUUUAUAAAGUUCAGUCAGUGUUGAAAAAGUGUAUUAAAAUGUUCUGAAGGAUGAUGCAAUACUUCAAAGGCAAGCAGGAAGUAUAAAAUCAGCUGUCAGGAGUCAGUUGGGUUUCCCCCAACAAAUGUUUUGUUGAUUGUCUCAAACUCUUUUAAGCCAUCCCGAUUUAGAAAGUGAAAGGUUUGUAGCGCGAGGUUGCAACGCCUUUCACUUGAUGGCUGUCAUCGCUCGUCACACUUCUUGCUGUCAAUCACAUCAUCAGGAUCGCACACUUAUUUCCACUUGAUGCUGAUUAGUGGCGGCGUUCGGCUGUGAGUCACGUGGGCAGUGUGUAGGGGGCGGGGCAAAAUAAUUAUUUGUGCUCAUUAGGUGAGGAUUUGAGCAAUUCCAUCCGAUCAAUGCCAUUUGCUUCUUAAAACAUUCCAAAUCUUCAGAAAUACAAUAUCCAUCCAUUUUUUACCGCUUGUCCCUUUUGGAGUUGCUGGAGCCUAUCAGCUGCAUUUGGGCGACAUUUAAACUUAAAUGUCUUUUUUUUUUUUGCAUUUUAAUCGGACAACAUACCGACAACUAAUAAAUAUUUACACAUUUCAAUCUGAUUAUACACAUUUUGAACCAUCCAUCCAUCCGAUUCAUUUUUUAUAUUAUUUUAUUUGAUGAACUCUAUUCAUAGUCCAGUACAUUACUACAGAAAUAAUCUUUUUUUUUUUUUUUACAUUUUAAUCUGAUAAUUCAUGUGUUAAACGGAUUUUUCAAAUUUGAAUCAAAUACGUUUUAUGACAAAUUUGUUUUAAUACACAUUUCGCUACUUAUUUUUUUCACAUUUUAAUUUGAUACUACACUAUUAACUACUUUUUCCAUUUUAAUGUGAUACACAUUACAUCUUCUAAAUUUUAAUGUUACACAUUUACUAUUUGAAUUUGUUUUAAUCUAAUAUAAAUUGAGUCACAGAUAUUUUAUUUAUUUUCUUCCAAAUUUCAUCACAUAACACACUAAACCACUAACGUAUUUGAAUCCCAUUACACACAUUGAACUAGUACUUGACAUUUUAUUUGUGUCCGAGGUUCUGAUGGUGAAUUCACGUUUGAGUAACAGGAAGAAAAAACCUAAACGCAAGAGACACGUUGACAUGUAACAUCUGCAUGCAACAAAUAACAAGACUGCUAGUUGACAUUAAGUUAUUCAUUUAUUUGUCUUGUGUUCUCCAUAUUUGGAUUUCCGAUGCCCUGAAGGACACAACUUCCUUUGGUCACGUGACUUGCGGACUGUUCUACAUUUUUCAAAGGGGGUCAUUUUUUUAAAAGGUAACAACCUAGUAAAAAAAACAAGAGAAAGUGAAUUUUCACUUUUUUUUUUUUUUUUUUUAAAGGAAAGUAUAAUAAAACAAAUGUGAAAAAAAAAUCUGACUAUUUCAUAGUAAGGUGAUUUUAUUUUUCAACGUUACAUUUUAAAUAUUCAAUCACAUCAAUAUUUGAUGAAAGUAAAUCAAACAAUCUCAUCGUGUAUACAUUUUAUUUGCUGGGGACAAACGGCACUGAUUGGGGACAACGAUGUUUGCACUCGACAUCCAUUGCUUUCAGUCUCCCCUAGGGGGGGGGGUUUACCCACAUAUGCGGUCCUCUCCAAGGUUUCUCAUAGUCAUUCACAUUGACGUCCCACUGGGGUGAGUUUUUCCUUGCCCGUAUGUGGGCUCUGUACCGAGGAUGUCGUUGUGGCUUGUGCAGCCCUUUGAGACACUUGUGAUUUAGAGCUAUAUAAAUAAACAUUGAUUGAUUGGUGUGUCAGAAGGGCGCCCUCUACAGGUUGGAACCACAUUAGGUGGCUCAAACAGACUCCAAACAUUGUGGCGAAAAUCGGAGCGAUCAAAGAGA